AUGGGCCCUGGGAAAGAAGCUACGGCGCCCAGGCGACGCGAAUCUCGAGCUGGAACACGAAAGGUCACGACCCUCUCGGCCGAACAGCUGGAAAGGAAGAGGGCCAAUGACCGGGAGGCGCAGAGAACCAUCCGUCAACGGACCAAAGAGCAUAUUGAUAGGCUGCAGAGGGAGGUUCAGGAGCUGAAAGCCAAGGGAGAGCAGUACGACCAUUUGUUCCAGCACAACAUGGAGCUACAGGAGGAGAUUUCUCUGCUCAAAAGCCAGCUGUCCAUGAAGCAAACCUACUCGGACUACUCUGAAACUGAGGUGCCUCGAUCCAGGCAGACAAGCGUCGCUUCAUCGGUCUUACCCGCCUCUCAUGCCCCGGCUCCGUUCAGUGAAAUUGCCAUCUCGCAAGCACCAUCGGACGUGUCAUCAUCUAGCCGAGCCUCGGUUUCCCAUGACUGGCCAUACCCAUCCACUCGACCCCCCUCCACCGGCGAGCUUCCAGAAACGGACUAUCCUCGCGAGGGGAAACCAUACCUCCUCGACAGACAAACUCAACCCGCCCAGGGACCUCACACAACCUCGACUGCCUAUUUAGGUGGAGCGAGUCAGUAUGGAUAUAGCGCCCCUGGGGAUGGUGUCCGUCUCGCUGCACCCUCGAUCCACCCCUAUCCACCUCCUCCUCACCAUUAUCCUCCCGUAAGUGCCAGUCAGGCACAAGGCGAACCGCUGCUACCUCAUCUCCAGCACCCUGUUGCUUAUCAUUCCGGUCAUCGAUCAAUGUCCGUGCCGACUAUCUCUAUGGAACGAAAGCAAGACGGUCGUCCUCUGGCUCAAACUCUCCCGCCGUUUACGGCCCCCAAUCAUGUCGGUCAUGUACCUGUUACACCGCCGUAUCCUCCCUAUAGCUGGACAUCUCAAGCGUGA